CAACACAGCGCCUGACGAACAUCCGGGUAUUCUGUCGAGAUGGUCAUGGCGGAGGGUACUGCAGUUCUCAGGAGGAAUCGGCCUGGAACCAAGGCAAAGGAUUUCUACAACUGGCCGGAUGAAUCAUUUGAGGAGAUGGACAGCACCCUGGCUGUUCAACAGUACAUUCAGCAGAACAUUCGGUCAGAUUGUUCCAAUAUCGACAAAAUCCUAGAACCUCCAGAAGGUCAAGAUGAGGGUGUGUGGAAGUAUGAGCACCUAAGGCAGUUUUGCUUGGAGCUUAAUGGACUAGCAGUCAAACUGCAGAGUGAGUGCCAUCCAGACACCUGCACCCAGAUGACAGCCACAGAGCAGUGGAUCUUUUUAUGUGCUGCCCACAAGACACCCAAAGAGUGCCCUGCCAUUGAUUAUACCAGGCACACGCUGGACGGAGCUGCCUGCCUUCUUAAUAGCAACAAAUACUUCCCCAGCAGGGUGAGUAUCAAGGAGUCAUCAGUGGCCAAACUGGGCUCUGUGUGUCGUCGCAUUUAUAGGAUAUUCUCUCAUGCCUACUUCCAUCAUCGCCAGAUAUUUGACAAGUAUGAGAAUGAAACGUUCCUGUGUCACCGGUUUACACGCUUCGUUAUGAAGUACAAUCUGAUGUCCAAGGACAACCUGAUCGUGCCCAUUCUGGAGGAGGAAGUGCAGAACACCUCAUCAGCUGGGGAGAGCGAGGCCUAAGAUACAGCUGCUGCUGCUGCCACAAGGGAGACACAUGUAAACACACACAAUUUCCACGUUAACUGAGGGGACACAUUCACUCUAAUGGCAUUGACACACCUGCAUAUACAGGACACACACAUAUACACACUACAGUGUAUUAAGGCUCCUGUCUAGUAACACUGUCCAUUAACUUCCUCCUCCCUAGUCACCUGUGUCUGUCUCAAAGGAAGUAAGGGUAGAGAUUACCAGGAGCAGAGAUCAGCCAAGCCUGCAGGACAAAAUGACAUGUAUUCAUUAUUUACACAUUCUCUGUCCAUUCAGAUUCACACUGUGUCUCUGAAUACAGACCUGCUCUCACACUACUUCUUUUAGGGAACCUUCUUUAAUCGUUGGAGCAGCUGGAUUUGCAAAAACCUAUGUAAUCAUGGUGACCUGUAUUGUUGACAAAGGCACACACUGACAGCCUCUACCCCCCCUGUAAAUAUGCCCCUCCCUCUCUCUUAAUUCACUAUCAUCUUUUCGGAUGGUGCUUCACUUUUUUUGUGUCUGCUUCUGUUCUAUAUUUGCUUGUGUUGCCUAUCAUCCUGUUUGGGGGUGUCCUAUGAUAUGGAUCACUAAAUUAGCCUGCUGACUUAAUAAUGCUAUUAAAACACAAUGUAGGUGUGGCUUGUGUGGUAGUGAACCAAGAAAAACCUAAUCUCUAGCUUUGUACGUGUACUAGCAGUCAGAUAUUCUUUCUCUUUGGCCUCUGAAAUGAGUGUUCAGAGUAUUUAGGAAGGCUUGUUGGCUAACUCUGAUCCUGCUUUGUGACAGCCCCCAUUUUAAUAAUGUGUAAAAUGUGCCCAGUUUCCCCUUUCCUGGAUAGAAUAGAAACCGUAACCACCACUCUAUGGCGGAAACUGCGCUACUCUAAGCCAGUUUUACAGCUUUAGACAAACAUUCAAUGAUUAAAUACAAGAAAGGAUGGAAUAUUGGCUACACUGAAGUACCGGAGCACAACCUCCCUUCUUUUACCCUCUCCCUCAUUAAGUUAUUUUGUGGGAGGAGUCUUGUCAAUCCACCCCACUUUUUUUUUUUAAAUGGACUAAAAGAUUUUGUUACUGUUGACAUUUUCAUGAUGUCUGUUAAUAAAAAAGACCUAUUAUUCAUA